CUACCAGCUCCCACAAUGGCUCAAAAAACAGUCCUCAUCACAGGUUGCUCCUCGGGAAUCGGGAUGGCUUUGGCCGUAAAAAUGGCCGCAGAUGAACAGAAAAGAUUCAAAGUCUAUGCUACAAUGCGAAACUUGGAUAAAAAGGACCACCUUGUAGAAGCUGCAGGCAGGACUAUUGGCAACACAAUGGAGAUUAUGCAACUGGAUGUUUGCAAUGAAGAUUCCAUUAAAAUGUGUAUCAGCAACAUCCCAGAUAGAAGAAUUGAUAUCCUAGUUAACAAUGCUGGUGUGGGACUCAUUGGGCCAAUUGAGUGCCAAACUAUCGACGAGAUGCAAAAUGUGAUGGAUACAAACUUCUUUGGACUGGUCCGGCUGCUAAAGGAGGUUUUACCUGACAUGAAGAAAAGAAGGAGUGGCCAUAUUGUUAUUAUUAGCAGCGUCAUGGGGGUCCAAGGUAUUCUGUUCAAUGAUGUGUAUGCCGCAUCUAAAUUUGCAGUGGAAGGAUUCUGUGAAAGUUUAGCCAUACAAGCACUCAAGUUUAAACUGCAUCUUUCUUUAAUAGAACCAGGGCCAGUGGUUACAGAGUUUGAAAGGAAGGUUUUCGAAGAUGGAAUGAAAAUGGAUCUUUCGGCUGCAGAUAAGGAAACAGCUGAUAUGUUUGUAAAUAUUUACCUGAAAAAUUACAAGCAAAUUUUCCAGACUCUGGGGCAAAGUGCUGAAGACAUAGCAGAGCAUACAGUGAAGAUAAUUCUGGCUGAAAAUCCACCCUUUCGUCAUCAGACCAAUACUUUAUACACUCCAAUUACAACGCUGAAGUACGCUGACCCUAAUGGAGACCUACCAAUCGAGACCUUCUACAAAUUGGUUUUUCAGCAUGAUAAAAUUUUCAGUGCAAGUCUUAACUUCAUUAAAUUGCUGAGAUGGAAAAGCAGGAAAAGCUUUGACUUGGGAGAAAGAUCUUCCCAGUGAAGAAAUGUUGCAAUGUUGAAAUGUUUCACUUGUUACUUUGUAUGUCAAUGAGGUGGGGGAAACCUAAAAUAAUGUGAAGUGUCUCUGAAUCAAUCUUUAUUUCAAAAUAUAGUAUCUCAGUAUGAAUGGGAAAGGUGCAGCCCUUUAGAUGCAGCUAGAUUCCAAUACUCUAGCAGCAUAGUCAGUUGUGAGGCAUGUCAGGAGUCUUAGUCCUUUAAUAACUGAAAGAUUACACAUUCCUAACUCCUUUACUAAGCAACGCCCCAUCAUCACCAGAAAAUACCAUUUUCUGAUUUUAGUUCAAUUUAUGAACACAAAUCUGCCAUUUUUAGUAAGCAUUUCAUGUACAGUACUUGUAAAUUGAAUAGCAGUAUUUUAAAAUAAACUUUAAUUUGCUUCUUCAAUAAAAAAUGCAUGAAGGUUGAGAUAACUUCUCAAGGCAAGACCAUUAAAUGGUUAAGACUUUCCUGGUUUGUUCUAUCAAAUGUCAAAACCUAUGGAAGGAUAAUUGUAACCUGAAUGCUUCCCUAUUGAAAUCUCAAAGAAAACUAUCUUGUUAACAAGGGGGUAUUUUUUAGUUAGCAAAGCAUUUGAAUAUACUAAUUUCUCCUAACAACUUAUACACCCCAGGAAAACUUUUCCUAUCAGAUUUUGUUAAACACGAUUUUGUGAUAGGGAAGAAUGUGUGCCCAAUAACUUCACUCAAUUUUAAUUGUUAUACUUAUGACCACUGUUUCUAUAAAACAAUUGUGGUAUGUGUUAUGUACCUGCUGUUUUAGAAACAUAGAAGAGGGAUGUGCAUGACAAUAAGGAUCGAAUAAAAUACACAAUGUCAGAACAAAGCAUAACAUUUAAUUAUAACUUUCUUAAAACUGCUCGGGGGGGGGGGUGUCACAUUUUUAAUCAUCUUCUUUAUUUUUGACAAUAAUACAAUAAGGCAGGGUGAAGAGCAAAACGAUAUAAAAAACUGACUCACA